UUUCUAUUGUGAGUAGCUUCCUCUGCUUCUCAUUAUUCAUUGGGCCUUCAAUUUUAAUUGCUAGCCGUCGAUCUCUGAAGCUAUGCAUAUACCUACAACUUUUAAGUUUUCUUCGAUUCUUUUAGGAUCUUUUUGUUUAUUUAAAUGUUUGUUGCUCUUGAUCUUCUUGUUUUGCAAGUUUUGCAGUGUUAAAUUUGCUUUCGAGUUUGCAUUUUUUCCCCCUUAUUCUAGCUAGUGUUUUUGAACUGACAAUUGGAGUAUCGUUAGUUUUCGAUUGGAGUCUGUUUCGGGUUUUGGGUUCUUUUGCACCUUUAUGUGUGGCUUCUGAAUUUGGGUGCUGAAUUGGGGCUUUUUCUGUACGUUAGUUUGUUUGUGUGCUCAUGCGCUUCCGCAAUUUGAUUCGGGUUUUGGGAAUUUUAAUGUGUGAAAGCUCAGGUUUUGAAGGGGCUUUUCUGCAAAUGCUAGUAUGGGAGCGGUUGUGCUUCCAAUAUGGAAAGAUUUAGGGUUUCUUGGCUGAAAUUAGUGGGUUCAAUUUGCAGCAGUGGUUUUGAUUGUGUAUGGUUCUUGAUCAGUGUUUGUUUGUUUGUUUAUGCUGUUGUAUUAGUUUUAUCUAGUGUUUUCACUAUGCUAAUUUGUUUCCUUUUUACUUUUUCCAUCGUAGAUCUAUGUCUGAAACUGUUCAGAGUACAGACGAACGAAGAGAUAGUGGGGCCAUUGGGAAGGAAUUUGUAGAUUUGGCAAAAGUUUUAUUCAUUGAUUGAAUUUGGGGGUUUAAGAAGAGGAAGAAGUAAAAUCAGGUUGUACUUUUGGCUUUGAUGGAACAUUCUCAUUAGGCUAAGUACAAGUCAGGCUGGCUCUGGAGAGCUAUAUAGACUCCAGUCACCAAGGGGUGGUGCCCUCAAUGGCACCUUCUCGGGUGGCUGGAGGCUUAACUCGAUCAUCAUCAAGUUCUGGAAUAUUUUUUCAAGGAGAUGGGCAAUCACAGAAUGUAGUUAAUUCUCAUUUAAGCUCAUCUUUCGGUAACUCAUCUAACACGAUUCCUGGAACUGGCCGUUCAAAUCUGGGUCCGGUUUCUGGGGAUAUGAAUAAUGCAGUUUUAAACAGUGUGACAAACACAGCUCCAAGUGUUGGAGCUAGUUCUUUAGUCACAGAUGCUAAUUCUGCACUUUCUGGAGGCCCCCAUUUGCAGAGAAGUGCAAGCUUUAACACAGAUUCUUACUUACGAUUACCUGCCUCACCAAUGUCGUUUUCAUCAAAUAAUAUUAGUAUUUCUGGGUCAUCGGUUCUGGAUGGUUCUUCUGUAGCACAGCAGAGUUCUCAUCACGACCACAAUGUUCAACAAUUGCAGCAGAAUCAGCAGCUGCCUCAAGGUGCUACGAGUGCUACAUCUUUGCUUCCAUCCCAAACUGGCCCAGCUCCGCUCCCAAUGGGUGCAAGAGUACCAGGAUCUUACAUUCAAGAUGCAAAUAAUUUAUCCCAACUGCAGAAGAAACCUCGUCUGGAUAUCAAGCAGGAAGAUAUAGUGAAACAGCAGGUAAUACAUCAACUUCUUCAGAGACAAGACCCCAUGCAAUUACAGGGUCGAAAUCCACAAUUGCAGGCUUUGUUUCAGCAGCAGCAACAGAGACUAAGGCAACAACAACAAAUCUUUCAAUCAAUGCCACAGUUACAGCGAGCACACAUGCAGCAGCAGCAGCAGCAUCAUCAUCAACAGCAACAACAACAAAUGCAAUUGAGGCAGCAGUUACAGCAACAAGUAAUGCAGCCGUUAUCUGGUGGAAAGCGCCCAUUUGACAGUGGUGUCUGUGCCCGUCGACUGAUGCAAUACCUCUAUCAUCAAAGGCAGCGACCAAAUGAUAAUAGUAUUGCCUAUUGGAGAAAAUUUGUGGCUGAAUAUUACUCUCCUCGGGCAAAGAAACGGUGGUGCUUGUCAUUGUAUGAUAAUGUUGGUCAUCAUGCACUCGGUGUUUUCCCCCAAGCUGCUAUGGAUGCAUGGCAGUGUGACAUAUGCUGUUCUAAAUCUGGAAGGGGAUUUGAGGCCACUUUUGAAGUACUACCUAGACUUAAUGAAAUCAAAUUUGGCAGUGGUGUGAUGGAUGAACUUCUGUUUUUGGACUUGCCACGGGAAUGCAGAUUUACUUCUGGUUUGUUGAUGAUAGAAUAUGCAAAAGCAGUUCAAGAGAGUGUAUAUGAGCAGCUUCGUGUUGUUCGUGAGGGUCAACUUCGUAUUAUAUUCACACAAGAUCUGAAGAUAUUAUCUUGGGAGUUUUGUGCUAGGCGGCAUGAAGAACUUCUUCCUCGAAGGUUGGUUGCACCACAGGUUAACCAAUUGGUUCAAGUAGCACAAAAAUGCCAGAGUACACUUGCUGAAAGUGGAUCUGAUGGGAUUUCUCAGCAGGAACUGCAAACAAACAGCAAUAUGGUAUUGACAGCUGGACGCCAUCUUGCAAAGAGUUUGGAGUUACAGUCUCUAAAUGACUUGGGUUUCUCCAAAAGAUAUGUGAGGUGUUUGCAGAUAGCUGAGGUUGUUAAUAGCAUGAAAGAUCUGAUAGAUUUCUGUGCGGAGCACAAAGUUGGUGCAAUUGAAAGCUUGAAAAAUUAUCCUCGACAUGCAAAUGCAGCCAAGCUUCAUAUCCAAAAGAUGCAGGAGAUGGAACAACUAACAAAUGUUCAAGGUCUGCCGACUGAUCAAAACACACUUAAGCUAAUGGCAAUGCAUCCUGGCUUGAACAAAAUCAACACUAAUCAUAAUAUGGGUAAUCGAGGUGCUUUAAGUGGGCCGGCACAAGCUGCUUUGGCACUGACCAACUACCAGAAUCUUCUCAUGAGACAAAACUCAAUGAAUUCAAAUUCUGCUGGCUCUACUCUGCGAGAAGGGUCAUCUUCUUUCAAUAAUUCAAACCAGAGUCCAUCUUCAUCCUUGCAAGGUGCUGCUGCUGCUUUAAUUCCAGGCUCAAUGCAGAAUUUAUCUGUUAGUGGUUUCACAAAUCCCCAUCUGCAACAGCAGCAGCAGCAGCAGCAGCAGCAACACCAGUUGCAACAACUUCAACAGCGCUCUCUUAAUGCAACAAAUAACUUACCGCAACAAAAUCAUUCACAGGGCUCCCAAGGAAAUCAGGCUCUACAACAGCAGAUGAUCCAGCAACUGCUGCAGAUGUCUAAUAACAACGGUGGGGUGCAACCACAGUCCCUUGGUGGACCCAGUAUAAAUGGGAGUAUGGCUAAGAAUGGGCUAGGCUUUGGAGGCCAGGCUCCACCUGUAACUGCAGGUACUACAACUGUUUCAGGGAGUAAUGGACCUGUUCCUAACCGGAGCAAUAGCUUCAAAGCUGCUUCAAACAGUGAUUCUUCUGCAGCUGGUGCCAACAAUGGAUUCAACCAGAGAACAGCUGAUAUACCACAAAAUCUCCAUUUGCCAGAAGAUGUGGGUCAAGAUAUUGGCAAUGAUUUCUUGGACAGUGGCUUUUUUAACAGUGAUCUAGAUGAUAACUUGGGUUAUGACUGGAAAGCUUGACCAACACAACUUUGUCCAGUAAUUGGCUUCUCUUGAUUUAAAUGUUGAGCUUUUAUUAUCUUUGUACAGGAUAUUUUGAAUAGUUGAUGCUUUUCUUUCUUUUCCCUGCUCAUUUUCUUGAUGGAAUUUGUUGUGACAUGACGCACGUGUUCUUGAUUAGGUUUAGAGAUCUUAUUUGAGGGUUUUGUAUCACGACGGCAAGUGUAAUUUAUCUUGGACAAUUUAAAGAAAAGCUGCAAGCUUCCUAUUUAUACGACGACACGCGUGCUUUUUCACCUUGUUUUGUUU